CAUAUGGCUCACCGCACCGCGCAUGCGCAGCUGCACUGGCCUGAUGCUGUUUUGUUGAGAGCUUGCUUGAGAAUAGAGAGUGAAACUUCAAGGCUUCGGGGGAAGAAACGAUUUUAGUCUAAAUAGGUACAUGAGUUUGCAGGCGUGUCCUCCUCCUGUCAUGAGAUCUUGUCUGGCCUCUGGCUGUCCCUCCUGCAGUUGAUGACUCUGCAGCCGGUGUGGAGAUGACGGACAGUGUCAGAGCGUUUGUCCGCAAUGUUGCGACGGGGAUCAAGGACUCCAUCCUGGGCAUUAGAACCAUCUCUAAGCUCGAUGCUCGGAUUCAGCAGAAGCGGGAGGAGCAGAGGAGGCGCAGAACGAGCGGGGCCCUGGCGAUGAGACGGGCUCAGAGCGAGGAACGGAAACAGGACAGUGAACCAAAACUAGCAAGUCGUAUUUUUCAGUGCUGUGCCUGGAAUGGAGGCAUAUUUUGGCUAAGCCUGUUCCUGUUUUAUCGGGUGUUUAUCCCAUUGCUGCAGUCCCUCACUGCUAGAAUCAUAGGUGACCCUUCGCUGCAUGGUAACGUGUGGUCCUGGCUGGAGUUCAUCCUUACAUCUGUAUUCAGUGCUCUCUGGGUCCUGCCUCUCUUUGUUCUUAGCAAGAUAGUCAAUGCCAUUUGGUUCCAGGACAUUGCUGAUCUGGCGUUUCAAGUGUCUGGACGGAAAGCUCAGCCUUUUCCCAGCGUCAGCAAGAUCAUUGCAGACAUGCUCUUCAAUCUUUUGCUCCAGGCCCUCUUCCUCAUUCAGGGAUGGAUUGUGAGUCUCUUCCCCAUUGAUGCUAUUGGUCAGUUGGUCAGUCUCCUGCACAUGUCUCUGCUCUACUCACUUUACUGCUUUGAGUAUCGCUGGUUUAAUCACGGGGUUGAAAUGCACCAAAGGCUGUCAAACAUUGAGAGAAACUGGCCGUAUUACUUUGGCUUCGGUUUGCCCAUGGCACUACUGACUGCGAUGCCAUCGUCAUACAUCAUAAGCGGCUGUUUGUUCUCCAUUCUCUUCCCGCUCUUCAUCAUCAGCGCUAAUGAAGCAAAGACCCCAGUCAAACUCUACCACUUCCAGCUCCGCCUCUUUUCCCUGGUCGUCCUCAUCAGUAACAAACUGUUCCACAAGACGGUGCACCUGCAGAGCUCCAUCACGACCUCCACGCCCACAGAGAAGUUGCCCUCGCCACACCUGUCCCCUACGCGCCAGCGACCCAUGCCCCCACAGUGACCUCUUUCAGGAUUCCCAGUUGGGUUUGGUUUGAAAGAGUCAGGUGGAUGGGGAAAAAAUAUAGUGUUUUCUGUCAAUGUUCUCCUGAGGGAUGAAUGGGAAGGGUUAGUAAUGUGAAUGGCCGGUGUUUGGAACUUGAUCGCCUUGUGCUGAUACACAAGGUCAUGAUUUUCUCUGUGAUUUUUGUUGGACUAUUUUUGUACCCAUUAUGUGCCAUUUGGGCGAUUUGUAGAGAUAGCACAAAGAACAAAGCAUGCACAUUUUCUGUGAACUGGCUAUCCUCCUCUUUUAGGUCCUGUAGUUUCUAUCUCGAGUCGUUUUUAUCUAUUUAUGGCCUUCUUUUUAAUUUUAUGUAAUGGCUUUUUCUGCCUUGUGAGGGUCAGACAUAUGACAGUUUGUUUCUCAUUUAACACUAAACUCUAUGUGAUGCUUUAGCUAAUGACUUAAGUAAUGGAUGAGUAAAAACUGCACUGGAAUCUGGACUAGACUGAAAAACAAUCAAAUUGAAAGGCCUCUUUAUGCAAGGGAUGUUUCUUGACCUAAAAUGUUGCGAGUUGUCUGCUAGACGUUUUAAACUCAUUACUUUAUUGUCUGCACAUCUUAAUGGAAUGGUUUGGCUGAAAAUCAUUUAUUCCCCCUCAUGGUUUCUCUCAUCUGUGGAACACAAAAGUAGAUAUUUCGCAGAAUGUUAAUGCAGCUCAAAUCCCUAUAUCCUUGUAAUUUAUGAAAAACAGCAGUGUGGAAAUUCUUUGAAAUGUCUCCUUUUGUGUUCCAUAGAAGAAAAUCAUGUUAGGAACCACAUGAGGUUGAGUAGAUGAUAGCAGUAUGUUUUUUUUUAAUGUAAUUUUUCUGAACUGUUCUAGAAGUAACAAUGUAAACUCAAAAGGGAGCUGCUUUAAUUUGGUUUCUUUUAUAAUGCGUUUUUAUUUUGGGAAUACCAUGUCAACAUGAUCCAGUGUCAUCUGUAAUGGUUUGGGGAUGAUUUCCAACAGUAUGCACAAGCUUUAGGAAUCUGCUGCUGUCAGGUGACACUGUCAAACUGUGUGACAUGUGUGAAACUGUUCUUUAAAUGAUCACGGAUCUAGUUUCUGAUGAGUGCUGGCAUGUUAAGUGGAUGUCUACUGUGGUGUAUGUUUCUGGAGUUCAGUACCUGGACCUGUUUUGAAACAUUUGAAACUGAAGCACAUAUUAUGUCAUUGUAUCUGCGGGGGGUGGGUGGUGUGUGUUUUUAAAAAAGGGUUGUAAUUAUCGUCAGGAGUCAAUAGUGUUACACCUACAGAUGGAAAUUUGUGAGUGACAUUUUGUAAAAGUAUUACAUUAUUUCAAUAAAUUUGGUCUGUGUACAGUA